AAAAAUUCCGUACGAAUCAGUGGUGCCACUGGUCUAGAACUCUUGAAAACGUAGUAAUGGAUGAUUUAUUUAAAUAUGUCAUAAGUAUUAGCGAUAAAAAUUGUUUAAUUUAUUCUUCAACCAUACAGUUGGUAAGAGAAGAUCCAUAACCUACCUAAAUACUUAAUAGAAUAAAAAUGAGUUCUCUUAAACGUAAGAAAUUAAAAACUAAGAAAGUAGAACGGUCAACUUUAAAAGUAGCAAGGAAAUCCCGCAAACAAAUGCGCAAAGAGCUCAGGCAGCAAAAGAAAAUUAAUAGAUCAGUUUAUUUAAAAAACAGAAAUGAAUUACGUACUACACGUGGCUACGUCAAUGAUAAUAAAACAAAUCAUAGCGAACUAGUUGACAAAACAAUACAAGAAGGAUAUAAGGAAUGUAAAAAAGAAAUUAAAAAAAGGAAGCUUGAAGAACUUGAACAUAAGAAGAAAAAUAAAAAACACAAAUUACUUAAUGAAGCUAAUUUAAAAGAGGACAGAGAAAUUAAAAAAUUGGAAAAAAGAUUGAAAUUAAAUAAAAGAAAAAAUAAGACAAUUCCUAAGUCUUUUGUAACAGAUGGUUUGGAUUAUCUUUUAGAUUUUUGUUUAGAGAAAGAUAGGAAACAUAUCAUAGAAACAGAAAAGGAGAUCUUAGAAAAUGAAUUUAAUAUUGAUUUUGAUACAAAUUCAUCAGAAACAGUGGAAGGAAAUGAAUAUGCAAAUAUUAAUUCAGAUACUGUUAAUAAAAGUAAGAAUGAAAAUAUUGAUUUUGAUGCAUUUGUUGAAGAACAAUCUGAUAACAACAGUGAUUCAGAUGAACUUAUGCACGUGAAAGUACCUAAGACUAAAAAGACAAAAUUGGCACAAGCUAAGAAACCUGAUAAUAUUGGCAUCAAUGACAAAGAUACAUGGGAAGAUAUUUAUGGAAGAAAAAGAGAUAAAGAAGGCAAUAUUAUACAUAAUGCUAGCAGAUAUGUUCCACCUGCUGCACGAGCAAUUACUAUGCAUAAUAUGAAUCCUAAUGAUGAAAAAUUGCUUUCCUUAAAAAAACAAUUAAAGGGUUGUUUAAACAGAGUGACAGAACAGAAUAUGUAUAGUAUAGCAAACCAGAUAGAAGAAAUGUAUAUGACAAAUAGUCGUAAUAAUAUGAACAAUGUACUAUCAGAAUUAGUGAUUGAAAGUUUAGUAUCACAUGUACUUACACCAGAUCGUCUUAUUUCUGAGCAUAUGAUGUUAAUUGCAAUAUUACAUGCUAAUAUUGGUAUUGAAGUGGGAGCUAAUUUUUUAGAGAAGCUUAUUAAACAAUUUGUUGAGAUGAUUGAAAAGUUACAAGAUGUAGCAAACAAAGAAUUGGAUAAUAUUGUUCUCAUGAUUUCACAUUUAUAUAAUUUUAAAGUAUUUGGAUAUAAGCUCCUUUAUCAGAUACUUGAUAAAUUGAUGGCUAAGUUUACAGAAAAAGAGAUUGAAUUGAUAUUACUUAUUCUAAAAACAGUGGGAUUUUCAUUGAGAAAGGAUGAUCCAAGUGCUUUAAAGGAAUUUAUACAAAGUCUACAGCGAAAAGCUAGUCACGAAAAUGGAGAAAAUUCAAGAAUUAAAUUUAUGUUGGAAAUUUUGUUAGCAAUAAAAAAUAACAAUAUCAAUAAAAUACCUCAGUAUGAUCCUUCUCACGUGGAGCAUUUGAAAAAAGUUAUAAAAAGUGUAAUACGCAAAGGCAAUAUAAUAACACAGUUCAAUGUGUCUCUAAUGGAUUUAUUACAUGCUGAUGAAAGUGGUAAGUGGUGGAUUAUAGGAUCAGCAUGGUCUGGUUCAAGUAAUGUGAAUGAUAAAGGAAAUGCAAAAGAAUAUGAUAAGCUUAAUUUUGGUACAAAAAUUCUGGAAUUGGCACAAAAACAGAGAAUGAAUACUGAUACAAGAAAAAAUAUUUUCUGUAUCCUUAUGACAGCUGAAGAUUAUUUAGAUGCAUUUGAAAAACUGCAUCAUCUUGGUUUAAAGAAUCAACAAGAAACAGAAAUCAUACAUGUUUUAAUGCAUUGCUGCUUGCAAGAAAAUAAGUUUAAUCCUUAUUAUGCAAUAUUAGCUCAAAAGUUGUGUGAAUAUAACAGAAAGUAUCAGCUCACAAUACAAUACACGCUUUGGGACAAAUUAAAAACUCUGGAAACAUACAACAAUAAACAAUUGUUUAAUUUAGCACAAUUUUUAAUACAUUUACUUAUUGAAAAGUGUCUUGCUUUGUCAGUUUUAAAAGUCAUCCAUUUUACUGAAUUAGAAAGGCACACUAUGAAAUUCCUUAGACAAAUUAUCUUGGGAAUUCUUUUGUAUGAAAAUGAACAAGCUUGUAUACAAGUGUUUGAAAGGAUUUCUGUUCCUCCUCAAUUACAAACUUUUAGAGAAAGCCUUCGUUUAUUUAUAAAUUGCUUCUUAGUAAAAAAUAUACAUUCAUAUAAUAUUUUGGAUAAACAGAAAACAAUGCUAAAGGAGAGAACCGAAUUUGUAGAUAAAUUAUUAAUUUUACAUGGAUCUAAAAUUGAGUUUUAAAUUUGAAGUACAAUAAAAUAUAGUAAUUUUUAAAAAAAUAUAAUAAUAUAGUUGAAACGAAAUAAAUAGCAUCUAUAUUUCA